CGUGUCAUGGCCCGAUAGUCGCCGCUGGCCCCGCGAUUGCCAGCGAUUGCUGAGCGGUCGCUCGCGAGUCGUUCGACCCCCAAAUUCGACCGAGGUCGAGGGUGUCUCCAGCGACGGGUCCCGACGGAUCGCAGAGGUGUCCCGCCAUGGUCAGGAGUCGACGCGGACGGGGAGCGGUGUCGCGUCGAACGUGACCGAUGAGGACCGUACCGUGCUCGCUGGAUGAAAGUGCGCAUCCCGGGGGCCGCCGGCGGCGCGAGAUAAACGAUGUUCGGCAAAAAACUUCACGUGGACGUCAAAAAGUCUACGCUCAAAAUUCAGGAUGUAAAGAAAGACAGCGCUACCAGGUUUAAGCACCUGAAGAUCGUGCUCGAAAAUGUUGACAUUGACGAAGCAAAAGGAUUUUUUGAGGGCAACUUCAGUCACGUUUAUUUUAUCCUGUAUGACUGUUUCGUGUCUGCCGAAGCAAAUCUACGACAACGAGUGCAUAAAGCACACAGAGAGGAGUUGGAGCAAGUUUUGCAACUACUGGAAAAAGUCCUGACGUUGCUUCCCGAAUUACUGAACAGACGGUGGCAGUGUCAUAGUAUAGCAAGGAUAUUACACAAGCUCCUUCACCCAGGAAAUAGUUGGAAAUUGCGUAGACAAGCCAUUAGGUACUUUAUACUCUGGUAUCAAGCACUAGGUGAUAACGCUCCUGAUCACAUACACCGAAUGUUCGUUAGCUUGGUACCUGGUUUCCCUCCGAGCCAACAUCUCGCUCAUCAAAAUGACCGUAAAAUCGAAGGCAAACGCGAGAAACCCCCUAGAACGAUCAAUUGCGAGGAGAAGGAAAAAAGGGAAUUCUAUGAUACCCAUUUGGGACAAAGCAUCUUUCACGAUGGUUGUCCUGCCCAGGGUCCUGUCGGUCAAGUCGACAACGGGCCGGUAUUGCCACCGCAAAGUGGCGAAAAGCCCUUGGAUAACGAGACCGUUAGAUUCCUGGAAUCCCUCCUCGAGUUCAUGGUGACGCAAGUCGUAAAGAUCGAAUGGAGGGACAAACACACGAGACAAUACAAGGCCUUUCAGUUUUUGUUGGAACGAUUUAAGGCCACUUAUCUGCACUACAUUUGUCCCGAUUUUAAUGAGAAUUUCUCGCUGUACAAACCCAAUCUGGAGUUACCGGUGUUGCGGAAACCUUCCGCUCAAAGUCAGGACAAUUACGUGCUCUGUAAAGUAGCCCUCGUUAAAUGGAUAGCCAGUUUUACUCACAUCACCAGGAAGGAUGGCCCCUUUGCACACCUGUCGCAGAGCACAAGUCCGAGCGAUGAAAACGCGACAGAGUCGGAGCUACGCCGAGUUUCGGUUACUCAAAAUUCCAGCGACCCGAAUGCGCACUCGCCCGAGUCGAGUCUGUCGUCUCAGCACGAGAGUCAAAAUCAAAGUCAAGAGGACAGUGCGGUGUCUGCACUCGCUCUCGUAAGGGAGGUCCUUUAUGGAAGUCGCGACAACGUGAACUUCGUUCACGAGUUGUACAGGCAGGCGUUUCUCUUGGACUUUACUCAUGCCGGGGCGAUACGGAAAGCCAUUGCGGUGUAUAAGGACUGGAUACAAAUGAACGAAAUACCACCCUUUCUGCUGGAACCGUUGGAUGGGCACAAGGACCGAGACACCGAGGACGGUCAAAAGAAAGAACUCGAUACCGAUAGGAGCCCACCCGAGAGCUAUCGACAACCGCGGCUAAGAAACGACUCAUAUCUCGGAGCGAUACAUCGCGAGAAUUUAUUUGUGAGAGCGGGUUUACAAAAUGUCUUGCAGGUAUUUAUAACGCAGGCAUCGAAUGUCUUCUUCCUAGAGAGCCCGGGAGGGAAUGCGAACGCUGCCCUUCUCGAAGAACAAACCGACAGCUGUAAAAGAGUUUUGAACGUGUAUCGCUACGUCGUUAUGCAUGCCAGACUUGAGCCUGCCACUUGGGAACAAUUGCUCAGGGUGCUGCUGCAAAUCACCGCGCUGGUAUUGGAUGGGAAGGCGCUGCGGCGGAAACACCACGAGGGAAUAGGUGGAAAGUUAGCGCCCGCCAUCUUUCAGACGUUGAUCGUCACGUGGAUAAAGGCAAAUCUGAACGUUGUAAUUUCCGCGCAGCUCUGGGACCAAUUUCUCGAGGUGCUGACAUCUCUCACGCAAUGGGAAGAAUUGAUUCAGGAGUGGGCGAAAACAUUGGAUACUCUAACGAGGGUUUUGGCAAGACACGUGUACAACCUGGAUUUGAAUGACUUGCCGCUAGACAGACUUAGCGAACAAAAGUCAAAGAGACGCCGAGGCGUCGGGAGUCGGGCCGCAUCGGCAGGAAGUGUGCAACCUCCCCGCAGAGGAAGCGUCGACCAGGAGAUCAAUGUUAUCUCGAAGGACCACGUCUCCGAUCAUCCUUUAAGAGACCCAAGGAAGAUCAGGCCGUUGCCGAGGAGCGCCAGUGACAACUCAAUUUACGUCGGUAAGAGUCGCAACAAGAUGCACAAGGGACGAACGCAUUCUACCAAUGCCGGCGUUCCAGCUAUUCCGACUUUUAUAGAGCAAGAUAUGGCCAGGAUGGUUCGAUCUAGUGGCUUCAGAGUCUCGGGAUCCAGCACGAAAUUGUCGCCGAGCAGACGUGCUAGGUCCUUGGACAGCGUCGUCGUGAUGGACAGCGAUCCUCCGACUCCUCGAUGCCCCUCUCCGACACCGAGCAGCGGUGUCGACAGUAACAAGGAUAGUCCCAUUCAGAUCGAAAAUAUCGACGGCAGCAGCAUAGGUAUCUAUACAAAUGAUGCGUCGGAGAGAAGGUCCGUCAUGGCCGGAGGUGGAGUCCGCGGCUGGUUACCGGAUGUUGCGGUCGUACUGUGGCGACGAAUGUUAUCGGCCCUUGGAGACGUGAACAGUAUUCAAGAUCCCACUCUUCAUGGCAGAGUCAUGGAUUACCUUGUGCAACUUACGCAAACUAUGAUUAAGAUACGGAUGAAUCAAGGCGUUUCCGGUGACAACCAAGCGACUCCACCGGCCCCUGAACUUGUCCCACCGUUGACGGUCAUAGCUCCAUGGUGCUUUAAGGCCAUCCAAUUGCCCCAGCAAUACGAGGUGGGAAAACUGGCAGCAUAUCGGUUGAUUUGUAUGCUAACUGUUCAACCGUUGGAUAUUCCUUUGCCGAAACAACACUUGACUCUCUUCUAUAGAGCCGUGCAUACCGGUAUCGUUAGCAACGAUAUCAAGGUAUUGCAUACGAUUAUUAAGCAUACAGGACCGAGGUUAUUCAGCUUAAAACUUCCCGGAUCCAGCCUCUUAAUUUAUGAUUACAUUCACUCGGCUAGCGUGAUUCUAAACAGUCAAGAUAUAGAGGCGCCGAGAACCGAAGCUGUUUCGAUACUAGGGUCGUUGCUAUCGCUUCCUUCUACCGUGACAAAAUUGCCUGUCUUGCAGCCGAAUGGAACGGACGUGUCAACCAUAACUUGUCCUGAUAUCAAGGAGCACAUAGUGACGAUUCUCUUAAAGACUUGCAGACAGGAACCUACGGGAGUCGCAAGAUGUGUCGCUAUUUCCAGUGUCGGUAUGUUCGUCUAUCGGGAGUUAUGUUGCAAAUCGCAGCAUCCAAAAAUACCGGAAGCUAUUACGGUACUCCUCUUGGCGAUUACGGCUACGCAUCCGACCGUGGCUCAAGUUGCGUGCGAUUGUCUUCUUCUGCUGUGCGACGAGGCGGACACGUUGUUAGAAUUUUACCCCAACAUUCCUGCUAAAAUUAUUCAGGUAUUAUCGGAGACACUUGGCCGUAGAGCCGGACGCGAGGAACGCGCACCUCUAAAUAUAUCCAUGUUAUUUUGUUUGGGAGAGUGGGCGAUGCAUCUGGGACCUGGCGUGCUGUUGCGUGAAUUCCAAGGAACAUCCUUGUUAUUGACCUUGUUUACAGUAUUGGACAACUUGGUACAACGCAAAGUCGACACUGAUUUUUGGGAUACGGAGAGGAAUCAUCAGCACGAUGGCGACUUCGACCCGGACAUCAGUCUUGACAAUUUACUCGACGAAACGCACGGAAAGUCCCCUCGACGCGGAAACGUUCGAUCAGUUCGAUUGGCAGCUAAAAUGGUCUUAAUGCAUUUGGUGAACCACUUGGGCCACUUCCCGAUGGGCAUCGGUGCGGCACGGUUGUCAUCCAUGGUCGUGGAGCUGGACGACGUGCCCGGCAUAGACAGCGACGAGCUCUCUUCGGCGGUUUUCCAAGCGCCGAAUGUGCAGCUCUUGAUGCUCUCUAAUUCCAUUAUAAUGUCGUUAAUCGAAUUGGCCGCUUUAGACGCUCCUGGCGGUGGAGGUGUUACCGCCGGGUUGACGACUGCUCCGUCUACGGUCAGAGUCUUAUUGAGAGAUUUAGCUGGUAAAGCUUCCUGGGACAGUUCGAUCUUGUACAGUCAACCAUUUACCGAGGAUGAUUCAACGACGCCAUAUCCCCCAUCCGUAGUCGAAUGGAGUGGCGACUUCCAUAGAAAAAAUCCGUCCAAUGUUUCGUCGUUGCAAAGCUGCCUACCUCGCCACACUCUGAGACACCGCGACCCCAACGUUCUUCCUACAUACGAAAACGCUGCAAGUGACAUGGAUAAUUUAGACGAUCUUCUGCAGUAUAUAGGUCACACGAGUCCGGAAGUCUUGACAAAUCCAGAAUUAUCGCUCAAUGCCCCAGCCAGCCCACCUCAGGGACAUUACUUCGAAGGCGAAGUCAUCGCCACCAUACUGAACCAGAGAAACAUAGAACGGGAUCAUAUCGAUAGUUGUAGCCAGCAUGUCAGUACAUGGGUUCCCGCGGCGAAUCCGCCGAUAUCUCGUAUUCCGCCUGCGCCUUUUCACCACUGCCGACUUCUAUUUUCGCAUCUCGGCCUGUCCGGAUGGGAGCAACGAAGAAAGCUGCAUCUACUCUCGAAAAACGAGAAACUCCUGCGGGAAUUGCGUAACUUAGACGGACAGCGGUCUCGAGAAACUCACAAGAUGGCUGUCAUAUACGUUAGUCAAGGCCAAGAGGACAAGAAUUCGAUAUUAAACAACGUCGCGGCUAGCAAAGAGUAUGAAAGUUUCGUCGCUAGACUGGCGUGGGAGGUCGAGCUUGAAUCGCAUACUGGCUUCAUGGGAGGAUUGAUUCCCGGCAAAGCUUCUGGCGCCACAGCGCCGUACUACGCGACAUCCUUCACCGAAAUUCUUUUCCACGUUGCCACGAGAAUGCCGUCCGAUAGUCCCGAAAGCCUGCUGCAAAAAACUAGACACCUAGGGAACGAUGAAAUCCACAUUGUAUGGUCCGAGCACUGGCGGGAUUACCGCAGAGACAUCAUACCGACGGAAUUUUGCGACGUUUUGAUAGUAAUAUACCCACUACCGAAGAAACUGUUUAGGGUCCAGAUAUCGAGGAAAGCGGAGAUUCCCUUCUUCGGGCCGCUGUUCAACGAGUGCAUCGUCGAAGACGCCGUCUUGCCCGGAUUGGUCAGGGGAACCGCUCUGGCGGCUAGUAGAGCCAAGAGGUCGACCCUGACUUUGUACCAGCACUAUUACGAAGAGAGGGCGAGGUCCAUCGACACCGUUAUGAAGAACCACAAGGAGUCGACGACAUUCGAAGAGUUCGCCGCUAAUGUCUACUGUCCGGUGCAGCCACCGAGUCCCUUCAGCGGAGCGUCCUCCGUAUCCGGUUCGACGACCAGCGUGCAGUCGACGACAUCGACGAAUCUGGCAGCGGCGCUCAUAGACUCGCAUCAGGGCAGGCCUGGUCUCCGUAGUAAUUCCACGGCGAGCAGUGAAAACCGCGCGAACAGAGUUUCCGAUGGCAGUAGAGUGUGGUUUAGUGGCGAUACGCAGGACAGUGCGACCUUCCACGGGAUUUCACCGAGGCCCGUGAAAAAGAUGUCAUUCAAGACUGGACCGAAAUACAAGGGAAGCGCACAGUCCACGCCGCCGGAUAGUCCUAGAUACAAGUAGUCUCAGACUCGCGACACAUUCCAAUAUCUCGCCAGUCGAGGGUAGGAGCGAAGAUUCCUCUUAGGAAGUAAUCCCGAAUCGCCCGCGCGUUGAGAGCCGCUCUUGUAGUUUUAAACCCAAACGCUAAACCGUUGAUUCGUUUCGUCGAUUAGAUUGUCCGAGAAUGGUCGAUCGUGGUCGAUUUUAAACGGUCACUCCGACGGGGAGAUCGGACGGAUGCGGCGUUCGCAUCGAGAGGCGAACGGUCGAGUUAGCGUCUUUUCUUUUCCGUCCUUAGGCUUAAUUUCCUAUUAUUGCGUGUAUAUAGAUAUACAUAUGUAACGUUACGUGCUCGUGGCAGCACGCAAGCUAAUUUAUUGGUUGGGCUUGACCGACUGUUACGAAUAACACGGAUUGCCGGUCGCGUGGACAAGAAUCUACUCUCAUUGCAGAGUGCAAGUCCGAAUUCGUCUCGCAAUCUAAACGCCCUUAGUUUUCACGAAUUAACGUUAGGUCGUAUCGUCGCUUUUAUUUCUCUCUAGACGCACUAACGGGUCUCGAAAUGUAGCAUCGAUGUCGUUUACCGAAGUUCGACAACCUUUUUCGUGCUCUGCUCGCAUGAGUUUCGUGGGUUUAAACUUAUUUCAGUUAACGCCUGCAUUCCAUAAGCCUUUCGUUAAAAAAAAAAAAAGAACCCUUUUCAAGAGCAUUUUAUUAAUGAUUUCACGUCAUUCAAACUCGAGGCAUUCCAUGUUUUCUCUCCCGUGUGGGCGUCGAUCGAUGGAUGUGUUCGCGCAACUUGUUUUUUUAAAAGGCGUAGCGUGCAAUGCUUGGUAUAGAUACGGAGAAUGCGUAGGUCUUCAACAAUGGUUAUUUUUUACGUUUGCAUCUAUGCACGCAGGUCGAUGUAUGUACUACGUACAGAUACGUUAGAAUUCCCUUAAGAAAACCCCGCGUCGUGGAAACAAUGAAUUCGAGUGAUCGUUGCACAGGUGGAAUUUUGUAUCUAUCGUAGGUGCUGCUACCAAUCGAAGACCCGAUCGGCGCCUUACGUUAUCGGGCCGUUAUCCAUAUCAGAUACGAUAUAUUCAUACGUGGAACCUGUUCGUAAUUUCUUUUGAUAUUUCGAGAGGACUUUGCGUUGUCCUUGAAGCGUUGUUCGCGAUCCGGAGUCCGAAGAAGUUCGACCGUAACUGAGUCUUAUUUGAAUAAUGCCGCGACGAGCAUCCUCGGACGAGAGUAGGAUCGUUUGAACGUUGGCACGUUUUCAAAUUUACAGAUUACAGGAGAUUCCACCGGGUACCUUGAAGUACUAAUGAAAUAAGGUACGCUCUUCUGAAUAUACACGAAAGCAUUUUCUUACGAGUGUUAAACAACAGCGGAAUGAUUUUAGACUUCGAAAUAUCCUCGAGGUGGUGUUUCGAUGCCCGCUUCAUUGUAAGAAUGAUCUUAAUGUACUUUUUCAGAUAGUCGUUUCAUCGAAAGCAGCCAAAGCGUUAUUUUUUCACCGAUUUUUAGCCAAUUACAACGAAAAGGAGGAUGUAAUUAUUGUACAUACACUUAGAGCUGGUCGAUUGGAGUAAGAAAUCGCCGGAAAUGAUGACACUGUACUAUUAAUUCUUGAGAACAUUGGCUGGAAUUAUCACCAUGUAAAAAAACUUCGUUUCGCUGUGUUUAAAUAUUAUGCGUAAACGAAUUAUGACGAUUACUUCUAUACAAUUUCUUCCGUUAACGAUUGUACAUUAUUGCUGUAUCGUACUCUAAUAUAAAUUUAUUUUACGAAA